AUGUAUGCUGUGACUGGUAGUGAUGAGGAUGACUGUUACCGGUGUUUCCCGCCCGACCCGGGCAUUGGUACUGCUGCGUCAGGUGCUAGUGAGGCUGCUGCUCUAGGUGCCAGUGCGUCUGUGCUCUCAGGUACUGGUGAGUUUGCCCUCUCAGGUACUGUGUCGGCUUCGGCCUCUCACACCUUCACCCUUGACUCUGGAGCGUCUCGCUCCUUCUUUCGGGACCGCACCACUCUCACGCCGCUGAGUCGGCCGGUUGCGGUGUCCCUGGCUGACCCCUCUGGGGGGCCUGUCCUUUCUCGCUUCUCCACGGUCCUUCCGUGUCCUGCGGCCCCCUCUGGCACCCUGUCUGGUCUCUACCUCCCCUCGUUCUCGACGAACCUGGUGAGUGGUGCUGACCUACAGGAUGCGGGUGUCCACCAGUUCACUCCUGCUCGUCAGCGAGUGACCCACUGCACGGAGGCUAGCACGGGACGCCACCUGGCUACGUUUACACGUCGGCCAGGGUCGAGCCUGUACACACUGACCACUGCUUCUCCUCCAGGUGCUGAGUCUGGUAGGGUCCCUUCGUCUGGUCAGGUGUUUGCCGCAGCGUCCAGGUCUGGUCCUGAGUCUGCCCCCUGUUCGUGUCGUCGUCUGUCUCACGAGACCCUCCUCUGGCACCACCGCCUUGGCCACCCCUCUCUGCUUCGGCUCAGAGGCAUGGCCUCCCGUCUUCUUGUGUCUGGUCUCCCCCAGUCUCUACCUCCCCUUCCUCAGGGCCCUGGCCCUGCCUGUGUCCCCUGUGUCGAGGGGCGCCAGCGUGCUGCCCCUCACUCCUCCCAGUUUCCUCCGACAGAGGCCCCGUUGCAGACGCUUCACAUGGACGUGUGGGGCCCAGCCCGCGUCCGUGGACAGGGUCAGGAGGGCUACUUCCUGCUCGUUGUUGACGACUACUCGCGUUACACCACGGUCUUCCCCUUGCGCAGCAAGGGUGAGGUCACUGAGGUGCUGAUCGACUGGAUCCGCGCAGCUCGUCUUCAGCUCAGGCAGAGCUUUGGCUCCGACUUUCCUGUGUUGCGUCUGCACUCGGACAGAGGCGGAGAGUUCUCCUCUGGCCUUCUGCGUGCCUACUGUCGUGCGCGAGGCAUCCGCCAGUCCUUCACGCUUCCGGACUCCCCGCAGCAAAAUGGGAUUGCUGAGCGCCGCAUUGGCAUGGUCAUGGACGUCGCCCGUACGUCCAUGAUGCAUGCGGCUGCCCCCCAUUUUCUGUGGCCGUUUGCGGUCAGGUACGCCGCGCAUCAGAUCAACCUCCACCCCAGGGUCUCCAGGCCGGAGACCUCCCCAGCCCUGCUGUGGACGGGGAAGGUUGGUGAUGCGUCGGCGUUCUGGUUCUGGGGAUCUCGGGCGUUUGUCCGCGACUUGUCUGCGGACAAGCUGUCCCCUCGCGCUGCUCCCUGCGUCUUCCUGGGGUUCCCCCCCGACGCCCCUGGGUGGCAGUUCUACCACCCCACCUCUCGACGUGUUCUGUCCUCCCAGGACGUCACGUUCGACGAGUCGGUACCCUACUACCGCCUCUUCCCCUACCGCACUCCGUCCCUCCCCCCACCCCCGCUCUUCUUGACGCGGUCGAGCCUGUCGAGGUCACUGGUGACUCUGGUGCUGCUGCGGGAGCUGAGCCUGGGGGUGCGGAGCCUGGGGGUGCGGAGCUUGGGGGGUGCUGUGCCUGGGGGUGCUGUGCCGGGGGGUGCGGAGCCUGGGGGUGCGGAGACUGGGGGUGCUGAGCCUGGGGGUGCUGAGCCUGGAGGUGCCGAGCCUGGGGGUGCUGAGCCUAGGGGUGCUGCGCCUGGGGGUGCUGAGCCUGGGGGUGCUGAGCCUGGGGGUGCUGAGCCUGGGGGUGCUGUGCCUGGGGGUGCUUCGUCUCGCCGGGAGCCACUCUCCCCACAGGAGCUGCGUGAGUGGUUUGCCAGGCGCUGGAGGCGUGCUGCUGGUGUUGGUGGUUCUUCGGCUGCAGAGGGUACUGCUGCCGCGCGUCCCGGUGGUGCUCGUACUGUGGGUGCUGGAGCUGCUGGGUCUGAGGGUUCUCCUGGAGCUGGUGCUGCUGAGGGUGUUGGCGCUGUGCCUGCCGCUGGCGGUCCGACUGACAGUGCUCCUGGUGCUGCUGCUGGAGGUUCUGGUGCUGCUGGAGGUGCUACUGUAGUGGGUGCUCCUGCUGGGGGUACUGGUGCUGUUCCUGCUGUUUCUGGCGUCGCCGCGCGGCCCCGACCGUACUUCGUUCCGCUCCUGCAGCAGGUUCUUGGUCUUACACCUCCUCCUCCCUUAGAGGGUCCGCAGCCUGUCCGGUCACAGCCACAGCUACAGCCUGCCUCCCCUUUGCCUGCUCCUUCUCCCUACGCUGGUCCGACUGGAGGUCUUACUGAGCGUCGUGAGCCUGCGUCUCGUCCUGCGUUGCCUGUUCGUACUGAGCGCGCUAGUGGUCGCGGGUCGCGUCAGCGUCCUCCUCCUGUCCCUGGCACGCACCGGAUGUCACUGCGUCCGUCCACUGCUCCUCUGCGUGCCCCUUUGCCUUCUCCUCCUGCUUCCUCUCUUCCUGCUCUUGCCGACCCGGAGUCGGACUCUCUUCGUGCUGCCAGUCCUACUGUCACGCGUCUUCUUGCUACUGCUGUCACUGACCCUUCCUUCGAGUCGUCUGCUGCUUCUGCCCUUGUCACUGAGCUUGUCGACUUUGCUGCACGCUGUCGUCUAGACUACGCUGCCAGUCUUGUCGCUGAGUCUGAGUCUGCCUGUCCUCCGUCCGUCGGGGGUGAGUGUGCCCUCGGCACGGACGUCCUUGAGGACAGGCAGGAGGAGUUCCAGUGUCUGGCAGCCGCUUCACCUCAUCUCGCGUCUGUACUGCUAGCCCCUGAGGGAGACCCGGAUGCACCAGACAUCCCGACUCCGCGCUCUUACGCGGAGGCGAUAGAGGGUCCCUACUCCUCUCAGUGGCAGGCAGCUAUGGAUGCAGAGAUGGCUUCCUGGAAGUCCACAGGCACCUACGUCGACGCUGUUCCCCCUCCUGGGGCGAACAUCGUCAGUGGCAUGUGGAUUUUCAGGGUGAAGCGGCCGCCGGGUUCACCGCCUGUCUUCAAGGCGCGUUACGUGGCUCGUGGCUUCAGUCAGCGGCAGGGGGUUGACUACUUUCAGACCUUCUCCCCCACCCCGAAGAUGACUACUCUUCGGGUUCUGCUGCACGUUGCUGCUCACCGUGACUACGAGCUGCACUCUCUCGACUUCAGCACAGCUUUCUUGCAGGGCAGCCUGCACGAGGAGAUCUGGCUGCGCCGCCCACCUGGCUUCACUGGGUCGUUCCCUCCUGGUACCCAGUGGAGUCUCUAG